AUGGCAGACAAUGAGCUCAGGGUCGACAAACUCAAUAUCAUUGCGAUUAAUGUAAACUCUAUUAUCACCAUUCAAUGCAGGAUUAACCUAUCCGAAUUAGUAGCCAAGUACAAACCAGACUUUGUCCUCCUAAGCGAAACAAAGCUUAACAAUCGAUUCAAAAUUGCUAUUGAAAACUAUUCAAUGAUCAGAAACGAUAGACCGAAUUCAAAACAGGGCGGUGGAACUGCAAUGCUGAUAAAGAACCCAUUUGAAUUUGUGCAGAUUACGCCGGUAUGUUUGUCAGGGGCAAAAGUCUUAGAAGCUUCGGUCGUGAAAUUGAAAGUUAAUAACUCUUUCUAUUCAUUCAUAAUUGCUGUCUAUGCACCGGGCGGUCAUAAAAAAGAAUUUGUUCCGGAGAUCGGUAAGCUCUUUGAAGAGUUGGAUUCAUCUGAUCCGUCGAACCUGUAUAUUUUGGCUGGAGAUCUCAAUGCGAAACACACCUCGUGGCAAAACGCAACCAAUAAUCCCAGAGGCGUAUUGUUGCAUAAAUGGAUUAAUGAUAAUGAAAUUGAUCUAAGGCUGCAGCUAUUUGGCUCACUAUUGUCUUCGUAUCCGCGAGGGAGUUCAUUUAUAGACAUAUGCUUAGCGGAUAAUAGAUUAACGGCUCAUGGAACAACAGAUGAUUACAGGCUUGAGUCGCGACCGUACGACAGUGACCACAAUGCGAUCCUAAUGGCCUAUUCAUUUCAUACGUCACUUCCGUUUGUGUUAGAAAAAAAAACCGAAAAUCGUUUAUAUAACUUUGCCGCGACAGACUGGGAAUCUUUAGCAAAGUGUGUUGACAAAUCGAAGGAUUUAGAAAUCCCCGACGAUAGAAAUCUGGCUUAUAUCGAAAUUGAUAGUUACCUAACCAAGAUUGAUAGCGUUAUCAAGGAUGCCGUAGAUAGAAUAGUGCCGAAAAUCAAAACGAACCAGAACACCUUGAAAGCAUACACUACACAUGAAAUAAAAAAUCUACACAAACACAAAACUUACUUAAUCUCGCAGAUAAACAAACUCCACAAACAAAAUACACGAGCCCCUAUACCUGUUUUAACUGUACCUAGCGACAAAGUAAAUCUUUUAACGGAUGCUAGAAUCACUCAUGAUGCCGUGGCCAGGGACCAGUCAAAUAACUUUAUUAUUGCAAAGCAAGACGAUAAGCUGAAUUUGAUCGGGGCGCAUUUUGCCGCCACAAAUAUCCAGAACGUUAACUUAGGAAAACCCAAUCUUAUAAAAAUAGUUGAAACUAAAGUUUCGGAACUAAAACGAGAGAUGGAGGAAGACAAAGCCAGCAACAGAACGGUAGUUUCCUUCUCUAAACACAACACAGCGACUUGUCCGUCAAGGGAGGAAAUUCCAAACUACUUUACGUCUCUAUCCGAGUUAUUGACGUUAUUUAAAAACCUGAAUAAUAAGAAGUCUGCGGGAUACGAUAACAUCCCCAAUGUAGUCCUAAAGCACUAA